AUGGCAGUUGAUCGUAUCGGAAACGAGGAGGGCACUACUAAACGGAAAGGGCAUGGGUUGCUGUGCCUUCCUGCUGGUGUGAUUAAGGAAGUGCUUUCCUUCCUCCCAGCGACGAUAACAGUGCGGGUUAUGACCUUUGUUGCGCCUCGGUUUGCAUACAUUACAAGGAGUGAUAUACAUUGGAUGAGCGUGUGGAACGCAUACAUAAAUGAGUGCACUAGUCGAUACUCGCAGAGUGGCCCAUUAUCUCAUCGAAAGGACCGUUUAGAAAUGUUGUGCGCGAGCGGGAAAAGUUAUAGCGGGCCGAUAAUACUUCUCGCGUCGGUGCCGAAGCGGGCGCUACCGAACACGCGUGUCACUAGCAGAGGAAGUGGAAAAAUAGCACUAGUGGAAUGGCGAGACGACCCCAACAGUGAGAAAGAAGGGGGAAAGUGCGACUGCGUGGUGCACCUUAUCUUACCAAUCAGGUCACUGCCAUCACUGUCUGGUAGUCCGGUCAUCGCAUCUACUGAGCGCAUGGCUGCCCUCCGAAUUUCAAGGGUGGAGGAUCGCGAAGGGAAUGAGGUCGACCAUCCUAACGACGGCGAGCACAAUAGUUUAGGUGUUGGUGUAUGCAAUACGAUGCUGUUACGUAAGGCACUGUGUUUCCUCCACGGUAACAACAGUAACAUGCUAUUUAUUAGGCCAAUGAUCGACGGGCUGCAUGCUGUACGACUUCUCUUUUUCUCUUCCAAACAAUCUAGCCUCGACCGGCGCGAGGGCACAGCUGAGGAACAGGAAGCGACAAUUGUUGAGUUCAUCAACGCUGUUGCAUACGCAUUGGAGUGCUGCACUUCUCGAAAAGCGUUAGCGCCGGCGGGGACAGCUCGCUUGGCGACGCUGUAUUUGGAGACGGGUUCGGAAUCUGUCUUCACGAUCGGAAAUGACGCUGCAACCGUUGCUGAAAAUGCGAUCGCCGUAGAAGCUGCCGAAACGGCAUCUGGCGGCAGCAACGAUGGUAUAUUUUUCUCUCUAUUUGACUCACAACCUUCGGAAAAACCGGAAGCCGGUGCGAACGGGCUACGGUACAGCAGUGUGAGCACCCAAGUGUAUCUUUUCCUUCUUCAGCACGUCAGCUUCUCGGACGUGCACGUGCAUGUCUUGGAGAACGAGCGAAAGUGUGCAGUGUGUAGCAGGGUACUGAGUCCAACAGGACGUGCGGUAGAGUUCCGCUUUUUCUAUUCAUUGUUUCUUGGUGGCUAUCCUCGUUUCUUCGCUAAGAUGGUUUUUGCUGAGGCCGAUCUCCCACGCACGCGGAUCCAACAGGUCUUCGAGCGUAACUGUAGUCGAUAUGUGCCAACUUCAGCGACUGAUUAUUCGUCUAACGAAGAGGAUGAAAAUGAGGAAGAAACGUUACCAAUGCUGUGUAAUUCGUUCUGUGGGGGAUACGGGCGGGUGGAAGUGGACAUAAAACCAACCAUAUCACGAGAUGGUUUUGAACGGCUGCGUGAGGCGCUUGGCUUAUCCGCUGCAGUUCUUCCCAUGCCAAUGCUUUGGAAUGUUGUGAUGUUGGCAACCGGUGUGGGUGGUGUGGUACUGCGUGAGCAGCAGUCGUGUUUCGCAUCCUACUACAGGACGUCAUUCGCCGCCGCCUUUGAGCAGGAGUUUGAGUCCAGUUGA